AUGCCUUCUUCUACCAGAGAGAAUCCAAGAACACGUAGGAAAAAACGAGAAGAUGAAGAUGCUGAUGGCUUUAAUGUACCUAAAUCGCUUCCUCUUCGAUUGAGAGUGAAAAGAGUUGACGAAGAAGAGUUACGAAACUUUCCUUUGUAUUCCUCACUUCACUGGAUAUCGCUGUUUAUACCAUUCUGCCUCAUUGGCCACGUCGUAUGCUUCUUCAGUCUUCAAAGCUCUAGAGGAGUCCUUGUUCAGGUUCUUGUUCGCCUUACAUCUUGGUUAAUGGUAAACGAGGAUGAACGCAAUGUACUUCUUGUGUUUGCUGCGACUUUCUUCCUUAUUGCGUUCAUUUUUACUACACAAGCAGACCGAUUCUUCGACAUCCAUCUACUUACUGGUUAUCAUCAAUUUUGUUCAAAUAUAGAGUCACUUAUGGCAGAAAACGGGUUGUCUGUUUAUAAGUACACUACGGCCAGGGAUCCCAUUCUUUUGUACGUAUCCAUAUCCCUUCUGUUCUCCUUCAUUGCGGCAAUGCUAGUUUUUCCAAAUUUUCGUUAUGCUAAUAUGUAUUGGAAUGCUCAAGGAGGUGCCUCUAAACUUACUAGGCUGGCAUUACAUCUGACAUUUCUGCUACCAUUCUUGUCACUGUUGUCAUUUACCACUCCUCUUAAGAAAGAGCUUGUUCUUGGGCCUAAAAAAUUUUUUACCGAAGAACAAUUUGAUAUUUUGCGCAUUUAUUUAGCUUUAUCAUCACUGAUUUUUCGUUUGAUCUUCAGAAAACCUCAUCUUCAGGCUCAUUUGAAUUUAUCAGAUGCCAAGUUGAAUACAUUACAACGAGAAAAUGGCUAUAUUAGGAAUGUCGCACUUCGAGCCAUAAUUUUUCGUCCGAAAGAAUGUUCUUCCCGAAUCACCACAGCUGCUGGAUUGGCGUCGAUUUUCGACCCUACAGUCUGUCGUGCUUUCUGGUCACUUUCACUAACCUUUGUCACAUUCACAAAUGUCGUUCUUUCGCUGAUUGGAGUUAUGUACAAUUCGUACUUUCUUCCGUUGUAA